AUGUGGUGUGGUGAACGGGCAACGUUAAUCCCGGUGCUGGCAUUCUUGGCCGUGGGGAUGCCAAUCCUAGUCGAGGGGGCUAGAAUUUUGGCCAUCUUUCCUUCGCCGGCCAGGAGUCACCAGAUAGUGUACCGGGCAUACAUGAGAGGCCUGAUCGAUCGUGGACACCAGCUGACGGUUAUGACGACGGAUCCAUUCAUGACCGACCACCCGAACGUGACGAUCAUCAACUGGAGCUUUGCGUACAAAAUUGUGAAUGACAAUAUAGAUGUGGUUGAUAUGAAGCAACGGAACAUGAACUUUUUCCAAAUUGCACAAGAGUUACGGAAGGUGACACGGUUAUUUUUGGAGGCACAAUUGUCCCACCCGGACGUGCAGGCCCUCAUCCAUAGUCGAGAUGCAUAUUUCGACGCAGUGAUUGUUGAGUACUACCAGUUUACACCUCUGUACGCGUUUGCCGAACUGUUUAACGCGCCCCUGAUCGGCAUCACGUCGAUCGAUGCAAUGGGAAUGGUUCACGAGGUGUUGGGCAACGUGAUGAACGUUGUGGCGCAUCCAGAGAUGAAUCACAAAUUUACGAAGAAUCUCAACUUUCUGCAACGUGUGGAAGCGGUCAUAUCCAACCUGGUGAUCAACUACUAUAUCAUGCCGGCCGACUUCCGCAACUAUGAUCGGGUAAUCGAACAGAAUUUCGGAAGCAAUAUGACACGCUCCUGGGGACUGAUGAAUCGCAUUGACUUCCUGAUGGUGAACGCCGAGCCUGCGUUGGGUUAUUUACGCCCAACCUUGCCAAACACUGUGCAGCUUGGCUUUCUACACAUCGAACCCGUAAAAUCACUGCCAAUGGAAUUACAGUCAUACCUAGACGAGUCGGAACAUGGUGUGGUGUACUUCAGUCUCGGAACAUUGAUCCGCAGCGAUUCGUUAAACCAACGCAACUUGAAUCUUUUCUUAGAAGUGUUCAAAUCAUUGAAAUACGACGUACUGUGGAAGCAUGAUGGCGAAAUGGACCUUAAUGGCACCACAAACAUCCGAAUGGUGCGAUGGGUUCCUCAGCAAGACGUACUCGCUCACCCGAAAGUGAAAGCAUUCGUCAUGCAGGGUGGACAGCAGUCGAUGGAAGAAGCUAUCGACCGGCACGUGCCGCUCGUGGUGAUACCGUUCAAUUUCGACCAGUUUGGGAACGCGGACAAGGUGCUCGAUCUGGGCAUUGGGCGCUCCGUAUGGAUGGAGCACCUGACUGUCGAGAAGCUGCGCGAAUGCAUCAUCGAAGUCACGGGCAACAAGCGCUAUAAACGCAACAUCGCCCGCCUCGGAAGGCUGGUCCGUGAUCAACCGAUGCGGCCGGUCGAGAAGGCGGUUUGGUGGACGGAGUACGUGAUCCGACACAACGGUGCCGGCCACUAUCGCUACCAGCCGGCACAGAUGUCUUUCAUACAGUAUCAUUACUACGACGUUGCUGCGGCCGGACUGGUGCUCCUGCUUGUGAUACUAGCGGUCCUAGUAUACCUCCUGCGGUCGGUUGGCCAUAGCAUGGCCAGACAUCUAGUCUCCUACGCCACCGCCAGCGGAUUCAGCACGCGGGUGGAAACGAAGAAGUCCCUCUGAGGCCUUCAGGUGUCAUGCGCAAAGACACCUUACGCAAUCUGUAUGUGGGUAUGUGUGCUAGCGUGUGACUGUGUGCUACGCAUGACGCUUAUGGGAUGCUAAUGUUGCCGUCGAGUACCUUGCAAACAUCGACCGGGACGAAACGGUGGAGGGUGCCCACUCUGUGACGGUGCCCUUUUCUUGUCGGUCAUUUUUGGCCGAUGGCAACGAAAAGCGCCGAAAGUUUCUCAUCGAAACGUCUUAACCAAGCGCGGCAAGUGUUUUGCGUGUUGUAACGACUCGAUAAAGAAACUUGCCUGUUAGAGUUAGUAGACUUCUUUUGUGGCGACCGCACGGCUCUGUUAUCUUUGAAGCCCGAUCCGAGUCCAGCAGUUCGACGACCCGAGAGCAUUGAGUUUCGACACCGAUUUAUCCACUUUCGAUUUCGCAGUUCCCAUUAGCGGAGCUGUGAGCGAGGGACCGUCGGCAACGAGACCCAUUUACGACGCUUAAUCUCACUCCUAACCUAGCCAUAGAGAUGUGUUUUUACUGUGGCUACUGGCACCCGGUAUCCAAUGGAACCACCGUAUUGUUUGUUACGUUAGUUUUUAUUAUCUCCCAAUGCUCUGUAAAUAGUAAACGAAUCUUCCGUCCGGAAACGACUGUGAAUCUUGUGUGUACGUGUGUGAAUGUGUGUCAUACGUCAGACGUCGGAAGAGCUGCAAUCGAAUCGAAAGUUACGCAGUUGUACAUAAAAGUGCGCCGAAAGGCCAGCGCCUAACAAGCGGGUGCUUCAUGGAUAGGCCGGUUCGAUAGCAAGCGAACCGUAGGUCGGUGGCACUGUUCAUCCAUCGGUGAUUAUAAAACAAAGCAUAAAACGUAAAACAAAUAGAAGUACAACAUAAAAAAACAACGAACGGUGCACACCACGCAGCGGUUGAGGAAUGCACUGCAGAUGAUGCGAUGGCCAUUUGUUCUUUUGCAUUCUGCUGGUGUUUUGUAUGACUUGCGGAAAUUGCACGUCGUAAAUCACCAUGCAACUUCAGAAAGCUCCUCCAUACUUAGGAGAAGUGAUCCCACGUGGCUUGCCAAGUUCGUGUUCCGA